CAUUCAACAGCAAUCCUUCUUUGUCAAGAAGAGAAGAUCCAAAACGUUCCAAUUCUCGCUUCUCACAUAGAUUGAGCGAAGGAGAGGGGAAAGAGAGAGAUGAUGCCUCUUCCACCGGGUGCGAGUUCUUGCUUCCCAAGCGCAUCGCAAGGGCUUCAGAUGUACGGCGUGACCGGUCACGAAGACAUCGGCGUCGUGACUAGCUCCUCCAUGGACAACAACGCAGCUUCAUCAACCUCUCCUGCAGAUACGCACUCCAACACUCUUCUUUACAACCUCUCGCUCCUCAAAGAUAAGGUCCACCAAGUCCAGUCCCUCAUCUCCGUCCUCGUGUCUCCACCCCAAAUUGCCGGCCAAUCGACAGUGACAACCUCGAUGGCCAUUGCAAGCAUGGUCACUUCGAUCCAAGAACUCAUUGUCGCCGCCUCCUCCAUGAUGUAUACUUGCCAACAGAUGAGCAACGCCUCCGCUUCUUCAGCAGACAACCCAACCUCCCGUCAAGAACUAAUUCCACGGCAGCAGGAGCAACAGCAGCAGCAGCAGCAACACCGAAUCAAACCCGUCGGCCACGGAGGGCUAUUGUCUCAUCACCACUCUCAGCCCACCGGUAUUUAUGCUUCUGAUCAAACCUUUGACUGGUUCGCUGAUAAUAGCUAUGUCAGCUCGCCUGCUAUGGGAAAUAAUAAUAGUGGCAAUAGCAAUAGAAACAAUAGUUCUAGGCCUGGUCAAAAUGGGAGGGAUCAAGCACUGCCCCAACCAUGCGGUGGUCAACGCGGUCAUAACGAAGGCUCAACGCAAGGGACUUCUCUGAAGAGCGGUAGUAGCAAUUUCGACAUCAUUGAGCUCGAUGCCUCGGAGCUUUUGGCCAAGUACACUCACUACUGCCAAAUCUGCGGCAAAGGGUUCAAGCGGGAUGCGAACCUGAGGAUGCACAUGAGGGCUCACGGAGACGAGUACAAGACCAGCUCUGCUCUUAGCAAUCCCUUAAAGAACAGCAGUGGGAGCAACAAUUCGAUUGGUGCAGAUGAGAAGGAGUGUCCGAUGAAAACGCCGAGGAAGUACUCGUGCCCGCAAGAGGGCUGCCGGUGGAACCAGAAGCAUGCCAAGUUCCAGCCGCUCAAGUCGAUGAUCUGCGUCAAGAAUCACUACAAGCGGAGCCACUGCCCGAAGAUGUACGUGUGCAAGAGGUGCAACAGGAAGCAGUUCUCCGUGUUGUCCGAUCUGAGGACUCAUGAGAAGCACUGCGGGGAUCUGAAGUGGCAAUGCUCGUGUGGCACUACCUUCUCUAGGAAAGACAAGUUGAUGGGUCACGUGACCUUGUUCGUGGGGCACUCGCCAAUGAUCAACUUGACGAAGCCGGGGAAAGUCGAUGGCCAAGCAGCCAGCCACAACGUCAAGGCAGACAGAUGAUAGGGAGGCAAGCAAGGGUUUGGAAACAUUUGUACUCGGGACCUCUUGCUCUGAUGACGUAUUUAGAGUUGAGAUAACAGGAAAGAAAGAGGUAAUAUCAUGUUCAAUAACAAGUGGAGAGUACAUGAGCCUACCUAAAGGCUUUACAUGACGAAUAUCUUAAGUAACAAAAUAUGCAGAACCAUAAAAUAUACGGAAUCACGUAAUAUCAUAAAUGUAUCUUUACUAAUGUGGGUGAGAGAAGGGGGGGAGGAGCGAUCAGCAUUAUGCGAUCAAUAUUGUGCGACCAUGGUGGCAGGGCGGCAAUGAACUAGUGAUGGCUUUUGCUCAAGAAGGCUUUCUUUCUGGCGAAACACGUUAGUGUAUCUGAUUGUAGAAAGAUAAAGAAGAUUUGUAUGCGUGGAUACCAUG